ACAAGCACUACAAUGAGUGACGAGGAAGAUGCGUGUGCUCUUGUCUGCGACAAUGGCUCCGGCAUGGUCAAGGCUGGCUUCGCCGGUGACGACGCUCCCCGCGCCGUCUUCCCCUCCAUCGUCGGCCGUCCUCGUCACCAGGGUGUGAUGGUCGGUAUGGGUCAGAAGGACGCCUACGUCGGUGAUGAGGCCCAGAGCAAGAGAGGUAUCCUGACUCUCAAGUACCCCAUCGAGCACGGCAUCAUCACCAACUGGGACGACAUGGAAAAGAUCUGGCACCACACUUUCUACAACGAACUGCGUGUUGCCCCUGAGGAGUCCCCAACGCUAUUGACUGAAGCUCCUCUGAAUCCAAAAUCAAAUCGUGAAAAGAUGACUCAGAUCAUGUUCGAGACAUUUAAUAUGCCUGCCAUGUACGUGGCCAUCCAGGCUGUGCUGUCCCUGUACGCCUCUGGUCGUACCACUGGUCUGGUGUGCGACUCUGGUGAUGGUGUCUCUCACAUGGUCCCCGUCUAUGAGGGUUAUGCUCUUCCCCACGCUAUUCUUCGCCUAGACUUGGCUGGUCGUGAUCUGACUCUGUAUCUCAUGAAAAUUAUGACUGAGCGUGGAUACUCGUUCACUACCACUGCAGAACGCGAGAUUGUUCGGGACAUAAAGGAAAAGCUUGGUUACAUCGCUCUUGACUUCGAAAGUGAAAUGAACGUCGCUGGAGCUUCCACCACUCUUGACAAGUCCUACGAGCUUCCGGACGGUCAAGUCAUCACCAUCGGCAACGAGCGUUUCCGUGCUCCUGAAGCUCUCUUCCAGCCUUCCUUCCUGGGUAUGGAAUCAGUUGGAGUUCAUGAGAGUGUAUUCAACUCUAUCAUGAGGUGCGACAUUGAUAUCAGGAAGGAUCUCUUUGCCAACACUGUCUUGUCUGGUGGUACCACCAUGUACCCUGGUAUUGCCGAUCGCAUGCAAAAGGAAAUCACAGCUUUGGCUCCCUCUACCAUCAAGAUCAAGAUCAUUGCUCCUCCAGAGCGUAAGUACUCCGUCUGGAUCGGUGGCUCCAUUCUCUCGUCACUCUCCACCUUCCAGGCCAUGUGGGUUACUAAGGAAGAGUAUGACGAGUCUGGUCCAAGCAUUGUGCAUCGCAAAUGUUUCUAAGGAAGCCAUCUUAAUUAUAAAACUGUUGUAUUGUCAUUGGUGUCCAUAUAUAUUGAGCUAUCAAUAAACAAAGCUACAGGCAAAAUGUAGUUUCA